AUGAAUAUAGACUUGCCAUUUGUCGGCCGCGUCCAUGAUAUCCCAUCCAAAGCAUCCUGGCUGAAGUUCUACGACUGGAGCAAGACAUACGGGCCCAUCUACCAGACAAAGAUAUUCGGCGCCGUCCACGUAUGGAUCUCGUCCGAGAUGAUUGCCCACGAUCUCCUCUCCAAGAGAGCCAUCAUCUACUCGGACCGGCCCAUGAUCCCCAACCUCCCGGACAACCGAACCAGCGGCGACUAUCUCGCCCUCCUCGGACGGACAGAAACAUGGAAGCGCCAACGAAAGCUAUGCAGUCAUCUAAUGCAUGCCAGUGCCUUGUCGUCUCUACACUCGUACCCAAAGCGCGAGAGGAAUCGCUUUCUGUGUCUGAUGUGGCGUGACCCGAGCAAAUACGUCGAGUGGAUCGAGCAGUUCACGAGCCGCACCGUGUCGCGACUCAGUUGGGGCACGACACACCCUGCGCACAUGUUGCGGCACACGACCUUUGGGUUGCUCGAGACCAUCAGCCCGUCAGGGGCGCUGCCAAACAUUGUGGCCUUUCUAAGACACUUGCCAGCGUGCCUCAGUCCGUGGAAGCAGAAGGAGCGCGCACGUCACGAGCUCGAGGACCGCCUGUUCCGCGCGAACGUGGAUUUUGUCGGGCACCGCAUGGCCGGCCAGCGCGCCGAGCCCAGCUUCAUCCGCACCUUUCUCGAGAGCAAGCAGAGCACCGACGAGAAGGAGCGGGCCAAGUGGGGCGAGACAGACGAGGCCAUGCACGUCGUCGGGCUCAUGGCCAUCGCCGGCGCCCUGACCAUCGGUAGCCCCAUCCAGAGCUACCUCCUGGCCAUGUGCCACUACCCCGAGUGGCAACGGAAGCUGCAGGAAGAGAUCGACACUGCGCUCGACGGCCGGUGCCCCGAGUGGGAGGACAGGGAGCAGCUACCCACUCUGCGGGCCGUCGUCAAGGAGGUCAUCCGGUGGAGGCCGCCCGUGCCGACUGGCAUCCCCCACGCCAUCGAGAAAGACGACAUCUAUAACGGAUAUUUCAUCCCGGCCGGUGCCACUAUACACGCACUUGAAUGGGGCAUCACGCGUGACGAGCAAAUGUACCCAGACGCCGAGAACUUCAACCCGCGGCGGUGGCUGGACCCAUCGUUCCCGACCUUCCGGGAGCCCUUGACGCAGUACCCCAACCUCAACGGCUUCUCUCAGUUCGGGUUCGGGCGGCGGACGUGCCAGGGCAUUCCGGUGGUGGAGCAGGAUUUGUUCCUGACCAUGGGCGGCAUGGCGUGGGCGUUUGACGUGCGCAAGAAGCGCGACGCGCGGACGGGGGGCGAGGUUCCCGUGCACUGGAAUGACUACACGCCACUGCUGAUCGCCAAGCCUGCACCGUUCCCCUUCGACGCGGUGCCGCGGUCGCGCGACAAGAUGCUGGCCAUGCGUGCCAUGUACGACGAGGCAGCCCACGACCACGAGCUCGAGGCCGAAGACGCCGAUGAGUACGAGUACGACCUCUUCAGCGACCUCGGCACCCUCAAGUUUGGCCAGGAUGCAAACGGCGUUGAGAUUGGAGCCGAGCAGACUGAGGACAUCGGCGGCGACGACGAUGAUGUUGACAGCGACCACGACGUCCUCAUCAACGUCCGAGACUCGAGCCCCGAGCCCGACCUGUCGUCGCGGGACUCAUGCUCGGAGCUCGAGGAGCUAGAGUCGGAUAAGGAGGACGUGAUUAUCAUGCCUUUGUUGGACGAGAAGAUGCAAUACGCGAAAAUAGAACCCGUUGUGACUGUUUUGGAUGUUCCUGGGGCCUGGCGCUGGGCCUGA